UUUGAUUAUUUAAAGAAGCAACCAAGAGAGCUUCAAGGCAAGGACCGUCCGUGGCCUUUAGCGAGUGUGAGAGAAUGGUUACCAAAGCUCUCUUCUUCUUUGCUUUAUUAUCUUUUUCAGCUGUUUCUCUCAGGACAGCUUUUGCAGAAGAUGAGAAAGAUCCAGGUCUUGUUGUGAACUUCUACAAGGACACGUGCCCUCAAGCUGAAGACAUUAUCAGAGAACAAGUUAAGCUUCUGUACAAGAGACACAAGAACACUGCAUUUUCAUGGCUAAGAAACAUCUUCCAUGACUGCGGUGUUCAGUCAUGCGAUGCUUCCUUGCUGCUGGAUUCAACCAGGAGGACCUUGUCUGAAAAGGAAACAGACAGGAGCUUUGGCCUGAGGAACUUCAGGUACCUUGAAACGAUCAAAGAAGCUCUAGAAAGGGAGUGUCCUGGAGUUGUUUCCUGUGCAGACAUCCUUGUACUAUCUGCUAGAGAUGGCAUUGUUGCGCUAGGAGGACCUCACAUUCCUCUAAAAACUGGAAGAAGAGAUGGAAGAAAAAGCAGAGCAGAAGUGGUCGAGCAAUAUCUGCCAGAUCAUAACGAGAGCAUCUCUGUUGUUCUUGAGAGAUUUGCUGCAAUGGGUAUCGACACCCCUGGAGUUGUCGCCUUGCUAGGAUCUCACAGUGUGGGUCGAACACACUGUGUGAAGCUGGUGCAUCGUCUCUACCCAGAAGUUGAUCCAGAGCUAAACCCUAACCAUGUUGAGCACAUGCUCUACAAGUGCCCUGACGCAAUCCCAGACCCUAAGGCCGUGCAAUACGUCAGAAAUGACCGUGGAACACCCAUGAUACUAGACAACAACUACUACAGAAACAUAUUGGACAACAAGGGCUUGUUGAUUGUGGAUCAUCAACUAGCCACAGACAAGAGAACAAAGCCUUAUGUGAAGAAAAUGGCUAAGAGCCAAGAUUACUUCUUUAAGGAAUUUGCUAAGGCUAUUACCAUUCUGUCUGAAAAUAACCCACUCACUGGUACCAAAGGUGAGAUCAGGAAGCAGUGCAAUGUUGCUAACAAGCUUCACUAGAAGCUUUGGUUACUUUUGAAGCUCAACUUUUCUUCUUUUGUUUAUAUGAAGAAGAAGAGUGAGAUUUGAAGAAUAAGAUGGUUUUUUUCUAUAUGGGUUUGCUUUAGAAGUGUGAUCUUGCUAGUGCUAGCUAGUGAGUUGGUGAGAUAUUAGUGGAAUUUGUUGAUUACUUUACACUGUUUGUAGCCUAGUUAGGAUUUGCUUCUGUUUCUGUUGAAGUUGGUGAUGGGUAUGGGUAUGGUUAUGGGUAUGGGCAUGGGCAUGGGAUGUAUGUUUAUGUAUGGUAUGGAUGGAUAGUGUAUGAUGCAUGGACUGAAAUUAUGAUAAGUGAUGGGAUGAAUGCAGAAUUGUGUGACUUAUUAAGAAAAAAAAAACAGAAUCUUUUUAAUAGUA